UGGCAGCUUUGUUUGUUUUGCGGAAUCAACAGAUCGAGACGAAGCCAAGCCAAGCCAAGCGCAGUCCAGCAGCAUCAUGCCUACUUCAAGAUUGGAAGACUACGAAGUUCUGUACACCAUCGGGACCGGCUCUUAUGGAACCUGCAAGAAAGUUCGGCGGAGGACCGAUGGCAAGGUCCUGGUAUGGAAGGAGAUGGACUAUGGCACCAUGUCAGAGGCGGAGAAGUCGAUGCUGGUGUCAGAGGUGAACCUGCUGCGAGAGCUGAAGCACCAGCACAUUGUGCGGUACUACGACCGCAUCAUCGACCGCAGCAACACCACCAUCUACAUCGUCAUGGAGUACUGUGAGGGCGGAGACCUAGCUAGCCUCAUCUCCAGGUGUCGCCGGGAAAGGCGAUACUUGGAAGAGGACAUGAUCUGGAAGCUGUUCUUCCAAAUCUGCCUGGCGCUGAAGGAAUGUCAUAACCGACGCGACGGGAAAACCUUCCUGCAUCGUGACCUGAAACCUGCCAACGUGUUUCUGGAUGCUAACAAGGAUGUGAAGCUGGGAGACUUUGGGCUGGCGAGGGUUCUGGCCCAUGAUACGAGCUUCGCCAAAACUUUUGUUGGGACGCCAUACUAUAUGUCUCCGGAACAAAUGAACAACAUGUCGUACAAUGAAAAAUCAGACAUCUGGUCACUAGGAUGCCUCAUCUAUGAACUCUGCUCCUUGUCGCCACCCUUCCUGGCAGCCAAUCAGAAGCAGCUGGCAGUGCGUGUGCGGGAGGGGAAGUACCGCAGAGUUCCGUAUCAGUACUCAGAUGAGCUGAACUCUGUCAUCGGCUCCAUGCUCAACAUCACGGAUGAUCGCAGGCCAGACAUUGAGACAUUGCUUCAGACACCACAGCUGGCCUCUCGGCUGAGAGAGUACAACGGUAAGAAUGACAAAGCCGAGGCCCCACGCCGCAGGUCGCGCGAGGAUGUGGGGGAUCGCAGGCGAUCGCGAGAGAAAGAGGACCUGUUGAAGCAGCGCGAGGAUGCUCUUGUGGCGAGGGAGCGUUCCUUGGAGGACAAAGAGAAGGAGGUGGAGGCCCGAGAGAAAAACCUAGCAGUGAGGGAAAAGAUUGUGGAAGACAAGUUAGCAAGGGCGGAGUCACUGAUGAAGCAGUACACUGAGCUGGCUGUUGCCAAGGCCAACCGGGCACUGGCUGAUUUUGACAUAAAUGCUGACGACACAUGCACAGAGAAAUCCCCGUCUAAGAAGAAGGUGCAUUUCUCCAUCCUCCCCGGGAAGGAGAAUGAGCGGGCCGAUGAUGACCUGGGAUCAAGCUUUAUCUCCCAGUACAAUGGCUACAAGGCGGGCGGGAACAAAGCGGAUCUGAAGGCACGACUUGACCGGGCCAGGAUACGGGGUGUGGCGCUCAAGCAUGUGGAGGCUAACGCCACCUUCAAGAGUAGACAGCUACUCGGCAUGAGAUAGACUGGAAUAAUUUAAAGAAAUGUCAGAGAAAAGCACAAUUUAGUUUGUAUGGGAUAGACUUGAGGAAAUUUCGAUAAAAGUUAGGAGAAAAGACAUUCAUCUGAACAACUGAUAUCCCCAAAGUGUAUUUAACUUGAAAUUAGCAGUACAGUAUAACUGUAGAGUUGUCCCUGUGGGAAUUUCUUCUCAAAAACCACAUUUGAUUGAUGGUUGCUAUGCAAAUGACGUGAUUGCAAUAUGAUUUUUCCAUUGAUCACUUUUGCCAACUGUGCCAUGUACAUAGUCCCUAUUGCCUGAACAAAUAACUGUAAAUAUUCUGUAAAAAAACAAAAACAGUACAUGAUUGAAGAAAACUUUUCAAGUAUGCAGUGUUUACAUUUUUAUUGUGUUAUGUUGUGUGAACAUAGUAUGUCUAGUCUUACAAAUAAAUCUAUUAGUAUUUGUGAAGAAACUGUU